UGAGCAUUCUCACAGUCUGUCAGAUUCUCUCCUUCUCUGCAUGUCUCCGCAAGGUUUUUGUUGUUAAGGAAACUCCAGGAGCAUUUCAGUUUAGACCACAAAGCUAGCCUCUUGUCUGUGUAUGGAAUUGGGGGCUGGUGGAAGAGACAGAAGGCAAGGAUAUGAAUAGGACGUUGGAAUUUUAAUAUGGUCUUGAAAACUGUAUUUGAAAAGUGAGUGUGUUGUGAUUUUCGCAAACUUUUUUUUCUGUUUGUUUGCCAGAAGACACAGUCAUGAUAGAGUUCUAGAUUUAACCUGGCUAAGUAUGACAACCAAGGUUAUAUCAGAAAGUAUAGUCUUCUUGUUAGAAUCUAGUAGGACUUCUGGGAGGACUUUGAUGAGAAAUGUUGAAUGCUUACCAAGAAAGAUGACACACACCUAGGAGGGGGAAGGGAGGAGAGUGUACAGACCUCAGUGAAUAUAAACCAAAGACCUUAUUCAGUCCACCAUGUGUGUUGAAGUAGCUGGAAGUAGCUGGUGGAUGUAUAGUAUUCUUGACUUUGUAUUUUGGACAGUUUCCCUUCUGCCCAGGCCCCUACCACCUACAGCCUACAGUGGAGGAAGCCACCAGGAACAGAAAACAUGGCAGCCAGCAAGUCCAGUAAGUCCAAUGUUAUCUUCAAGAAGAUCUCCCGGGACAAAUCGGUGACCAUCUACCUUGGGAAGAGAGACUACGUAGACCACAUCAGCAAAGUGGAGCCCGUGGAUGGUGUUGUGCUGAUUGAUCCUGAGCUUGUGAAAGGAAAGAAAGUGUUCGUCUCCCUGACCUGCGCCUUCCGCUAUGGCCAGGAAGACAUUGACGUCAUCGGCCUGACCUUCCGCAGGGACCUGUACUUCUCCCGUGUCCAGGUGUACCCUCCCGUGGGCACCACGAGCGCCCCCACCAAACUGCAGGAGAGCCUGCUCAAGAAGCUGGGGGCCAACACAUACCCAUUCUUGCUCACGUUUCCUGACUACCUGCCGUGUUCAGUGAUGCUGCAGCCAGCUCCCCAAGAUGUGGGUAAGAGCUGCGGGGUGGACUUUGAGGUCAAAGCAUUCGCCACCGACAGCAUGGACAGUGAAGACGACAAGGUCCCCAAGAAGAGCUCUGUGCGCCUCCUGAUCCGCAAGGUGCAGCACGCUCCAGUGGAAAUGGGCCCCCAGCCCCGCAACGAGGCAUCCUGGCAGUUCUUCAUGUCGGACAAGCCCCUGCACCUCUCCGUGUCCCUCAGCAAAGAGGUUUAUUUCCACGGGGAACCCAUCCCUGUGACUGUGACUGUGACCAAUCACACGGAGAAAACGGUGAAGAAGAUCAAAGUAAUAGUGGAACAAGUGGCCAAUGUGGUGCUCUACUCGAGUGAUUAUUAUGUCAAGCCCGUGGCCAUGGAGGAAACGCAAGAAAAAGUGCUGCCAAACAAUGCGCUGACCAAGACACUGACGCUGGUGCCCUUGCUGGCCAACAAUCGCGAGCGAAGAGGCCUGGCCCUGGACGGGAAGAUUAAGCAUGAGGACACGAACCUCGCCUCCAGCACCAUCAUUAAGGAGGGCAUAGACCGGACCGUCCUGGGCAUCCUGGUGUCCUACCACAUCAAGGUGAAGCUCACAGUGUCAGGGUUACUGGGAGACCUCACCUCCAGUGAAGUGGCCACAGAGCUGCCAUUCCGCCUCAUGCACCCUCAGCCAGACCCAGCCAAGGAAAGUUUUCAAGAUGAAAAUCUGGUCUUUGAGGAGUUUGCUCGUCAGAAUCUGAAAGACACAGAAGCCGAGGAAGGAAAGAAGGAUGAGGCCGGCAACGAUGAGUGAGAGCAGCGGCUCCAGACGCCCUGCAGGACCCCUGUAGUCCUCCCCACUACCCUGAGCCCGUAGAGGUAUUCCUGCUAAAUGCCAGGGCAGGACACUUUCCCACCCCAGAAA